AUGGAUAACGGAUUAUCAAAGCCAACGCGACCCAGGGAGCUCCCGCCUUUGCCACAGCGAGUGCAAAGGAAACUUUCCUCAGGACAAAGCGAUGACGCUGCUGAAGUGAGAAAAGUCAAGAAGAAGCGAGUGAAAAAGCAGACAACUGAAACAGAUGACACAGACGAUCAAGGAAUGGAGAUGGAAGGCCGGGGCAGCAGGCAGACCUUUCAGAUCAAAGAACAACUUUCACUUGACGCAACCACAGAUGCACCCCCUCAGAGGAAGAAAAAGAAGAAAAAGACACCAAAUAUACAUGACCAAGCUGACCUGGUAAAUGGGGACACAGUGGAUCAGACCACUGAUGAAGAACUAGUCAAAAAAAACAAAAAGAAAAAGAAGUCAAAAGUUGGGGAAUCCUCACUUCCAGAUGAACUGGAUGUAGAAGAGGAUGACAUUAUCACAGACAUGUCGUCUUAUAAACCGCAACAUUCUCUGUUUACUGCACCGCAAGGACAGAGUCAGCCAGUUGGAAAGAUCUUUGUAGAGCGGAGCAAGCGCUUCCAGGCAGCAGAGUGGUCAAACAGGAGAAAGACAAGUGACCAAAUGGAAAACCUCAAUGAUUUCCAUCCCAUGCAACCAUGCUGGACCACUAGAGAUGUUUCCCUCAUGGUGCAUGAAGGCUUCAGAAUUUUUGCUCUGCACUGUCAAGGCUUCCUGGCAGGAUUUGCAGUGUGGAACAUUGUGGUAGUGUUUAUGUUAGCUGGCCAGCACCUUACAGCUAUAUCCAACCUGCUGGAACAAUACCAAAGCCUGGCUUACCCAUCACAAUCUCUGCUUUACAUGCUGUUGGCCAUCAGCACUGUGGCAGCUUUUGACAGAGUAAACCUGGCCAAGAGCUCCAUGGCACUGCAGGAGCUGAUCACACUGGAUCCAGUGGCUCUUGCCUCCCUUUUGUAUUUCUCAGCGUUGCUGUUGUCCCUCAGCCAGCAGAUGACAAGUGAUCGCAUUAACCUCUACCCAGACACCAAUGAAACAUUAUGGCUACCUGGGUCCAAACAUCAAAUUCUCCACUCGUGGGUGACAGUCAACCUUGUGGUGGCAUUGUUGGUAGGCUUGGCCUGGAUCUUCAUUGUCAUCCGACCUCAGAGGGACAAUACCGAAAGUUACCUGACUGCCAUGCGGGUCGAGCCACCCAAGACAGAUGACAACUUGCAAAUAAGCGCCUGA